ACCGGAUUCUAGAACUAUCCAGAUUACCACGCUAAAUAUCUCCUCCACCUCCACCUCCACCUCCACCGCCACCAUAUAAAUUGCUCAACUGAAUUUUCCGGUCAUCUAGGUUUUCAUCUUCACUCAUUGGGUGGAAAUGGCGGCGAAAUCACGAAGAACAGCUAACAUAAAUGUAAGAGAGUUUGAGAAUUUCUUUCAAGGAUGGUUAGUUCGUCAGGAACAUUACCUGGAAGAGCUCCGAUCGGCUUUGCGAAUCUGUGAUGAAUCGCGCGAUGAAGAUCUAUGUGAUCUGAUUGCUCGUGUUCUUGAGCAUUACCAGCAGUACUACGAGGAGAAAUCUCGAAUCGCGAAUUAUGACGUGUCGUUGGUUUUCUCGCCGCCGUGGUUUUCGCCCUUUGAACAGAGUUUUUUCUGGAUCGCUGGAUUUAAACCUGGAUUAGCGUUUCGGAUCUUAGCUGCAUCGGUGGAUGAUAUGAGUAAGGAACAGUCGGAGAGAAUGGAGACGUUGAAAGUGGAAAUGAAGACAGAGGAGAGGGAACUGGAGAAUGAGUUGGCUAGGAUUCAGGAGAGUGUGGCGGCGCCACCGAUUGUUGAGGUUGCGAGGAAGGAUAAUUUGCCGGUGGAUGGGGAGUACGACACGGCAGAUAUGGAAUCGGUGAUGGAGACACUGAAAAGCGAGAUGGAGGUGGUUUUAGCGAACGCCGAUAUGUUGAGGUCAAGGACGGCGGAGCGGUUGGUGGAGAUAUUGACGCCGGUUCAGAAUGUUAGGUUUUUAACGGCGGUGACGGAGUUGCAGCUCAAAAUCAGGAUGUGGGGAUCGCAGAUGGACGCCGAUAGACGACGACGAUGAUGUUGUACGGACUUUUUCUUCCACUGUUGUUUAAAAGAGGUGGUGAUCGAGAGCAUUUCAAAUGACUGGUGUUGGUCCUUAAGUAUUACACUUAGAAGACGUUUUUAGUCUUUUCUUUUUAUAGUAUGAUUACAAGCAGAUAUAGUAUGUAUUAAUGUUUUUGUAGUUUUAUUAUAUAUAUAUAUGAGCUUUUUUUUGUCAGCGUCAGAGAAUUAUAGGUGUGGAUGGCUUGUAGCCCUGAUUUUACCCGAUAAAAGUAAUAGUGAAAGACAAGCGAGCGUUAGUAGUUCCCUUUAACUAAGAGCAUGACCGACCCUCUUAGGGACUUCCUUUAUUGGUGAAGCUCCUUCUCAUUCCUCCCUCUUAGUUCUUGGAUCUUUUUCCCUCGAGUCUCGUAUACAGUAAGUUGAGGAUGUCAACUUUUUAUCAGAAGAGAUGAGGAGAGCAGAUAACGAUGGGCGACAUUUGACUGAUUGUGGGCAUGAUUAAGAUGUCCGUUUUUAUAUGUUUUGGCCAUGUGUGUUUCCGCUUAAGAGGGGUGUGUUAUUUGAGAUGAUUUAGAGAGGAUGAUCUUGAAUGGAAGAUCAAAAUCAAAUGUCAAUUGAAGUAAAGAGUUAAUUACAGAUUUCGUCCUUGUAAUUACAUGAAAGUUACGGUUUGGGUUCCUAACCCUAAAAAAUUAUGAAUCAAGUACGUAUGCUUUCAUUUUUGUUAUAGAUUUGGUACCUUCUCUUUAACUCCGUUAGAAAAAGUUAUGACAUUUUACGUCAUAUAAGGAAUCCGAACCACGUAU